CCACAUCCGGUGCUGGAGAACAGACCCAGGGCUCACAUAAACUGGAUGCCUAGUGACCGACGAGGGCGGACACUCCUCCCAGUAGGCGUCCACUCCGGAGGAGAAGUGAGAUUGGAUGUUUGCUUGGGGAGCAGGACCGGAGGAGGAAGGCAGCCCGGAUGUUUGUGAGGACUGGUCUUGCAAGUUUGAUUGGUUCCAGGACCGCCCCGCAGGGAAGUAAAGACCCUCAGGCCUUGCUGUAUCACUUUGGGAAGCCCCUUUGCCCUUCCCUGGAUCUUUGUGAUGUGUUCACCUAGCAACAGCUUCUUUGAUGUGCAAACAUUCUACUGGUAAAUUGUGCAGAGCAGCCACUCAUAUUGGACAAUUCAGGUUUCUUCUGGGAAUUGACCUUGGAUUUGGAAUUUUCUCUUGUGCUUGAUAUGGUUCAGCGGGCAGCUCCUUCUGAGGUCUGGCUAAACUGUAAGGAUCUGAAGUUGAACCUGCCUGAAGACAUUGUUGAUGCUGGGCAGACCUCAGCAUCUCUUCCUGACCACUCUCUGCAAACUCCCCUUGGAAGCACCUCGGUUCACCAUUACUAGAUCUGUUGCAUACUUCUUUUAUCUCCAGCAUGUCAGGCCCUCUCCAGCUUUUAAACCACUCAAAUCCAGGAAGGCUUGCUACUGGCCAAAGCAAAGGGCCUCACAAGGCUAAGCCAUCAGGAGUCAGGCAUCUGUCAGCUUACACGUCUCAGAAGAAUAGCCCAGGGGCUUGUUUGGAUCCACCUCUUAAAGUGGUUCCCACCAGGAAUCCAGUCAUGUACAACAAAAAGGCAGCUGACCCAGUCCAUCCUGACCUUACUGGUUUGUUGGUGAAAAAUAAGAAUCUUUCAGCUGAGCUAAGAAAUCUUCAAAACAAACUUUUCUUAAAAGAAACUUCAUUACAAGAGAUGAAGAGUGAGCUAGAAAGUUACAAAGAAAAUAAUGUGCAACAGUCAUUCCGGAUAAUGUCCCUGAAAGAUGAUAUCAAGGACCUAGAGGAACUUAUUGCUUCUCUAACCAGAAUUAAGUCUUUGAAAAACACCAAUAUUCAGAAUCUUGAAAGAGGCAACUGGGAUCUAACUGAAAGAAUUCUAGAACUAGAAAACCUUCUAAGUAUGUUACACAGGGUACAUCUGGUUGAAAGAAAAAAGGCAGAGAGAAAACCAGACCAUUUGGAGAAAAAGUUAGCAGGUGCUAACAGAUUCACCCCUUGUAUGAAUAUGGAAGGACAAGAAGAUUCCUUCAGUAGUUUCAAAAUGAAGGAUAAGGAUGAAGGUAUCCUAGCCAAGAACUUGGAGAGAGACAUUUUUCACUCUGAAGGACCAAAACAUGGGCAGAAAAUUUGGGAUAAAUGUCAACAAGAUUUGAACCAUAAGGAAAAAAAAAUAUGCGAGUUAGACAAACCUCCAUAUUCAUUCAGCUGGGAAACUAAAACUGCACGAUCCCACUACCAGAAAUUCCUCAGUCGGUUGUCUACUCUUCCCAGCAACAGUGUUGAACCCAUACCAGCCAUGGAGGAAGCUGUGAAAGAGAGCAUUCAGGAAACUGGUGCUAAUGGGCAAUCUUGGAAGUCUAGAACUGAAGGCCUCCAGCAGGAAAUUCAGAUGCUCACUAAGCGACUGGAGAAGCUGUAUCCUAAAUGUGAAAAAACUGCUGGAGAAUCAUCCCAAACUGAUGAAAAGUAUAAAGAACAAAUAAGACCCUUGAAACGUCUGGAAGGAAAAACUGCUAUUAAUGACCUUUUUCAAGAGAGAUUAGACUUGGACAUGAACAAAGAAAACUCCAGGAUUAAGACCUCCCAGGUGGAUGAGCAUGAGAAGACAUUCAAGCAGCCUGAGAAAGACAAUAAGCAAGAAACAUUAUGGACUAUUCAGAAGAAUUUGCAGAUUGUUACAACUCAAAGAUUAGAGGAGAAAGUUCAGAAACUUCAGAAACAGCUCAGUGAUUUGAAAUUGUCAAAUGAAAAUAUGAAAACUCAACUGACAAGAGUAAAUGUGCUUAAAGACAAAACAAUUGAGAAGCUUAGGCAAUCUUUAAUAGAAGCUGAAGCAAUGAAAGGGAAGGCAGUUAUGGAAACAGACUUGAAAACUGCACUAGACUCUGCUAAGCAAGAGGCAAGAUGGAACAAAGAGAGGGCCCAUCCGAUGUUAGAAACCGUCACUCCUGAGCUCUGCACAACAAAGGGCACAGAAGAAGUACCGGGACAACAAGAGAAGCUUGCUGACUUUCGAGAAACUAUUAUGAAGAUGUUGGGAUUUAACGUGAAAACAGCAGACAAGAAAAUCAUCAAUCACCUAAGGCUUAUUAUACAAGUAUAUGAAGCAUCUAACAAACCAAAGAUUGCUUCUGAGUGUCAGACUGGGCAGGAUAAUGAAUAAAGAAGUUCUGUUAACAAGAACUCAGCAGAUAUGGACCUUUCCUCCAGCAUCUUGAAUAUGGUUACAUUAUGAAUAAAAUGCAUUGGAAACUUUUCACAUGAA